CAGUGAAGUUAGCAGGAGGAUACUGAGCCAAAAAAGGCUUCCUUAAAAUAACUUUAUAGAUAUAUAUAUAUAUAUAUAUGUGUGUAUAUAUUUGCGAUUAUCCAGCCGCCGGGAUGUGAAGACCAUGGCAACGAUUAGUCACGAGUCUUCGAAAGUUUCUGUAAGCGGAGCAUUCAUUUGGACAAGAUGAAAAUCCGUCUACAACUCAAAGGCGGAGAGCAGUUCCCGUCCGCUGAGCUGAAAAAUGGGCGCAAGCGCUUCAUUAUCCUCCUGUAACAACAUAUCUUCAGUGAAAAUAAUAAGACCCAACUCUAAAGUCUGCCCAGAACUCACAGUUCCUGCACAUGUUCCAGUUCCUGGAGAACCACCAGGGUGUGUAUUCGGUGUUGCUUUGGAAAAACUAAAUGACAAUGGACAGAUGGUCAGAGGGAUACCUCUUGUCUUUAGAGACAUGGUAGAGUUCUUGGAAAAGUUUGGACUGCACCACAGGGGUCUGUUUCGUUUGUGUGGGUCCAUAGUGCGUGUGAGGCAGCUGAGGGAACAGUUGGACCAGGGAGAGAGAGUGGAACUGGACCAAUUGAGGGACAUCACUACAGUAGCUUCUCUACUCAAGCUCUUCCUGCGGGAAUUGCCCACUCCUUUAGUUCCUGAACCGCAUCGCAAACAGAUGGUUCUCAACCUAAAAGAGUGUACACAUCAGCCAGAGCUGAACCAAAGACUGAGAGAAAAUCUUUGCCUCCUGCCUGAUUUCAGCCUCAAUAUUCUCUCUUACCUCUCCCACUUCCUGUCGAGAGUGGCCUCUCAGAGUCAGUCCAACCACAUGCCUAUGGAAAAUCUAGCUACCAUCUUUGGACCUUGUGUAUUUCAUGUUCCAGUAGGGCCCAGCGUCAUGGAGGAGCAGAGUGUGUCUAAUGCCCUGCUGCUCCACCUUCUCAGACAUCAAGCAGAUCUCCUUCCGGUCAAAGAAGAGAUCUUGAUGACCCCAUCCGCUACUUCUUCCUCACCUCCUCCUCCUGCUCUCUCUGCUCUUUCACAUUUUGAGGUCCAACCCCAGAGCUCUGAGUACGAGAACAGCUGCAUGGAGAGGUUGGAGGAAGAGAUCACUUCAAUUUCUGGGAGCUUUGCUUCUGAACUAACUCUGCAGAUGCAAUUACAACUCAAAAGCGUCACCGACGGCCACUGUGGAUCAACGGUUCACCGCAAUUGUGACACACUGUUGCCAGCUUGUGGAAACCGCUCUGACGUCAACAUUGACAUUCAGACUGCAAACCGGGAGGUUCUGCAGGAAGGCAGGAUCACAACGGAAGCAGGCAGCGCUCUCUCCGAUCACGCUGACCUGCUGCCAGAGCGUCAGCCGCAAACCGCGCAGCCUCAGAGAGCGCUGGGGAAACCUUCUGAAACGGCGCCUACCAUGCGACGGAUUUUCUUACAGACACCACAACCCAACACCGGAUCAAAGCUGAAACAGGAGGAAGAAGACAGAUUUGCUUGCUCUUCCUUGGUUGCCAGCAGCAGCAUAGGACAGAAUUGGCCUCAUUCGGAUCUCUGCGUGUCGAGCGAAUCACAAAACAAAAUGCAAAUAAAGAGUCCGCUCCCAGACAGCCUACUGUGCUGUAUACAGUGCAAGACAGAAGAUGAAGGGAUGGUGUCCCAGUACAAGAAGAGCAAAGGAGGAGGAUGCUGUGGUCCCUCUGACACACAUAGUGACUGCAGAGGCACAGACAGCUGCUAUGACACUCCUUCCCUCAAGCUCCAAGCCCUGGACGCUAGACCCUCGUCAGACUCAUUAGAACCCCCGGCUCAGGAUGACACGCCUGCACGGCAGCAGCCUUUUCCCUCCGAAGGUCAUCAUUUGAACCAAACUCUGCCUCUGUCUCCGUCUCAGCAUCGGCACACAGUUGACUCAUCACAAGAAACACACCACUUACCUCCGUCUCUGUCAGAGUCCGUCUCCACUCGCUCCACCGCCUCCAGUACCGAAGGACUUGUGAGAGAAGGCAGCUUGCCGAGCCCACCGCUCCCUUACUCCAGCCCGCUCUUAUCUCGUUUUACCCCCGGCGACUGCCCCGUUCCCUCGCCGCGCUGCCCAAGCCUCAGCCACAGCCUGCGCUACAACCUCGACCCCGACACGGCUCCGUCGCCGCCCUGCUCGCAGCACAUACGCAUGGCUCGCUGCAGCGUCCCUGCAGAGCAAGAAGACGGUUCUGUGUCCGUCUCGGCGCUCAACAGACACAUUCACACGCUCAGGAAGAAGAUCAGGCGAUUUGAGGAGCAUUUUGAACAAGAGAGGCACUACAAGCCAGCACAUAAUGACAAGACCUCUCAUCCAGAAGUGGCCAAACUGAUGAAGGAGCUCAUCAGGAGCCGCAAGCAGCUGAAAGAAAUAAAGCUGACACAGUCUGUAGAGUCAGGAGUGAAGGGACUUGGAGGUUUCAGUCCCUCAGGUGAAACCUGCAGGACCAACGCAGAGCAGCGGGAGGCGGGGCCGACAGGAACUGAGCUUCAGCCCAUCAACAAUAACAGCAACGCCACGCAAAACGUGGAGGAAACGGUGAACCUGAUAACCAACCGACUGAGGGAAAGGAGGAGUGAGCUGGGUUUGCCGGACAGCAUCAAGGACAUGUCCAAUUUCCAGUUGAGUAUGGAGAAGACCUGCAUGCAGAAGUGUUUGCUGUACUUUGAGGGUCUGCAUGGACGCCCAAUCACCCGGCAGCAACGGACUCUGAUGAAACCGUUCUAUGAUCGGUACCGUCUGCUCAAGCAGCUGCUUUCUUCCGCUUCCACGGCAACCAUUACAACGAUUGAGGAAGAGGAGGGUUCCGAUGAAGAGAACUUUAAGCAGCAAAGCUCCAGAGAGCAGCCACUUUGGUUAAAAACGGCUAGGUGCAUGUCAUCAGAGGAGCCCCAGUUUACAUCGUCUGUGGAAAUGUCUGGAACACCGGUGGUGUCUCCGCUGGAUGAGGGGAAGACUUUCCAUGCACAGAUCAUCACUAUGGCAACACUACAUGAAGCAUCCAGGCAAGAAUUACUAGAUCACCUCCGGAUGGUUCGACUAGAGAAGCGACGACUUCACCAAACCCUCCAAGAGUUCGAAGACCGUUUCUACGCACAGACCGGCAGGGUCUGUCAGAAGGAGGACCGUGGACCAAUGGCGGAGGAGUACUGCCAGUACAAGAACCUCAAGGCGAAGCUCCGCCUACUGGAGGCUCUGCUCAGUAAACAAGACUCAACCAAAGCAAGUUGAGUUAUUCACAGUGGGACUUUUUUUUUUGUUUUGUUUUUUUAUUUAGUUCAGCACAACUCUUUUUUUUUUUUUUCUUUCUUUUAAUUGCUUUGAUGCCAAUGGGUCUUGUUUCAUUCCAUGCUCGUAAUGUAAAUGCACUUUACAUGAAGAAAACUGAAUGACCAAAAAUCGCUGACACUCUGAAUGAACACUGGAUCUGGAUCUGUUUUUUUGUUUUGUUUUGUUUUUUUUCAUCCCCACCAUUUAGGACACUUUUUCAUAACCCUGUCGUAGCCAUUUUAGCACAGUUACCAUGUCAACAAUGAAGCAACCUUAGUUACAUUCAACUAAUUUGUGAAGACUUCAUGUAUAUUACAGCACUUUAUUACUCACUUCCUUCCCUUAUACCAAAAAGAUUUUCCUUCAUCGUAGUUGAUGUGGGAACUGCAUUAUCAAAGUGCUGUCUUAUGGAGAAAAAAAAAAUAAAAUACUGAAAUAAGCUUCAAUGUAAAUGAGCAAGACAAUCCAGCAGUGUUUGUGCAUGUCGUGUUUUUUUGUCCUACAUUGUGCUAUGAUAUGCAUUCAUAUUUUCAUAGGUCAUCUAAAUUAUGAUCAUCCGAUUUAGAUGUUGAUCUUGAAACAUAUGCAGUGAACGUAGGCGUCAUAGUGCAAGUUGAGUUUGAAAUUUACCUUUUUCACCCCCUGCCUAUAUGAAGUCGCCCCCUCCCCCCGAAAUGUCCAUGUUGACAAGGAUAUGAGCUUUUGAGAUUGUGCACUUCUGGUUUAUAUAGUUUUCUAUGUAUUUAUAUCCAUCUCUCUCUCUCUCUAUAUAUAUGAGUGUAUCAAUAAAAAUAAAUAUUUUUUCACAUUUA